UGUUUUCAACUUGAAAUGUUGGACAAUCUUUAAUUAUAAGAUUUGUUCUGAAACUUUGAUUUUAAAUACAGGAUACAGUGCACAUAUGACAUCAGCGACGAAAUAACUGUAGAUCGAACUUCAUGAAUACCUUAAUAAUACAGUAUGCUAUUUAAAAAUCAGAUCAUGAAAUGUGAACUCUUACAGCGGGUAGAAUUACUAGAAGUAAGCUGUCAAAAUCGCCUAUACUAUCGAUUGGUUGUGUUCACGAUGUUAUUCAUGUUAUUUAUGUUCGUAGAUUAAAGUUGAAAUCAGCGAGGUACGGAAUCAAUUGUGGAGUAAUGUAAACAACUAUUAAAUUAAUGGAACGUGAGUUUACGAAACGGUAAUCAUGAACAGUAGACAACAAAUUUACGUGGGAUUGUUUUGAGAAUUUUAAUAGCAACAACAUCGAGACUGGAUUAAUAUGAUCUAAAUACUUCAAGUAUGUUCGUUAACAGCAACUGAAGACACUUAGCUACUAUGCAUGUAUAUGUUUUGCUUGGUUAUACGUAAAUAUGUUAAUACAUGUUCGUUAAACGACGAACAUAAUGAAAUCUUUCGUAAAGAACGGUUAUUGUUAAUAGCCAUACACUUUAAGAUGUAAACAAACGUAAACAUGAGAUCGGCGAUGUGAUUUUGCGAUUUAGGCGUGUUAAAAUGACAAAGCUGCUAUAUCCACAUAGUGAGAUUUCAUAUAAAACGGUCGAACGGUCAACGGCUUUAUGUUUGUCACCCACGCGCCGACCAACUCCACCACCCCCGAUCCUGGUGUGGGUAACAGUUCUCUGGGUCUCAUCGGUCUCGGUGUCUUCAUUUUCAUCUGCCUGGUGUGCUUUACAAUUUUCUGUCGGGCGUUUGCCAAAUGUAUGAAAAGCUGCUGUGAAUUCUGCUCCGACUGCACUAAGGCAAUGAAGAGAUGCUGCUCAGGGGUAUCUAGGCGCUUGUGCACCGGGUGUAGGAACUGCUUUUGCGACCGAUCUUGUUUGACUAAUUCCGUAAACGUGCUAAUCCCAUCAAACCAGACACGGUCGUCUGCGCCUCCAGACGACUUUCGAUCCCCGAGUGUAACGCCCACGUCUCCACCCCCGAUCGACUGGAACUCGGUACUUCCGGCCUACGUGGACGCCGCGGCGCCCCCACCCACGUACAGCUUUGCGAUGCGGGACAUGUCCGUUUACAUAGCGCCACCACCGGAGUCGCCAACCAACAUGCCACCGCCUGACUAUGAGGAAGCUACUAGGUACCAUCAGAACCCUGCAGAUCCAUGAUAUCAGCACACUUUCUUAACGUCGUGUUGUCAAAUACAUGCCAUUCUAUUUAUCAGAGAUGGGACUGUUGUCGCAGCGUGCUUUCAUGUGACGUGUAAGUGAAGUAAGCAAACCACCAGGACACAAUAAAGCAAAUAAACUUACUUAACUUCAAGUUUAUAUUAUAUAUGUUAACAUGUGUGACACCGUGGAUAUACUUUUUCUUGACGAAGCGUGCACGAUUAUGAUAUUUAAAGAAUCUAAUAAACGAAUUUCUAUACGUUAA